CUUCAAAUGCGCUUUUUUUCCCGCCCGCGCCACUUCGACGGUUCCUCGAUUUCCAGUUUGAUUCUCUCCUGCUCUUCUUUGUCCACUACAUCGCUUCUGGCAUUUCUGUGUGACUCAAGCUCCCAAGCCUUCGCGAUGACUCAACCCAACCCGUACAUUCUGGCCGCCGACAAUCCGGGCGCCGUCCUGACGCUGUUGCAGUCCAACCCAUCUAUCGCAUCCAACCAGGACGAGCAUGGCUACUCACUACUCCAUGCUGCGGCUUCCUACGGACAUAUCGAUCUCCUGCGCGCCCUGGUGAAAGAAUACAACGUUGACGUCAACCUGCUCGACGAGGAUGGUGAAACCUGCUUGUUUGUGACGGAAACUCUCGACAUCGCGAAAUGUCUCGUGGAGGAGCUGGGUGUGGACUACAACAAGAGAAACGACGAGGGCUUCACGGCUUACGAGACCAUCGAGAGUGAUGACUCGUUUCCCGAGAUUGCCGCUUACCUGCGGCAAGUCGCAGGCGUGCCAGCUCCGGCGGCCCAGGCGGCGGGCGAUGCAUUGAACCCGGCUCCGCCGUUGCCUCCGAAUAUCCACUUGAAUCUGGGCACCAUGUCGGAGCAAGAAGCGAACGCCGGAACUGACCAGGUUGACCCCGAGUUCAAACGGCGCAUUGAUGAGCUGGCCGCGCGGGAGGAUUUCCACAGCGAAGCCACGCAAAACCAACUGCGCCAAUUGGUCAUGGAUGCCAUCUCAGGCUCCAACAUCGACACUCAAGAUCGGGAUGUGCGGCGGAGAACGGACUGAGUAAUAUGUUGUAAAUUCCGGUGCUCUGUGACCCCCUGACAGCAAUGAAUCUCAUUCCGCCUGCUUGGUGUCGAAGCACUUCCCGAAGGCCGGGUGAUCUCGCAUCGAGUCGAGGCUAGGGUGGCAGCACCUACAGCUCGGAUAUACCCACCAUGCUGCAGCAUUGUACAUGGUGCGGCCUCGACAGCAAUGGCAGGAGAAUAGGCCUCCGAUUGGCACGAUGGUAGCAGCUUGGUCAAUCUGGCAGCACUCUCUGAGCGAGGGCACUAGACAUGCGCCAAGUUUUGGAAAGAAGAGCAUAAUGCGCAGGGGUAGGGGCACGAUGAGGUGCAAUAUUGCUUAAAGCUGAUUUUUGGAUACCAUUGAACCCAUUUACUAUACCCGAUUUGAAAUCCCG